GUUGCCAUUCUUAUAGGACCGUUGAAGAUUCGAAUUUUAAAAGCCCAUCUUCCCCAUCUCCCCAGAAAUGACCAUAUCAAACAACAACCAGACCAUCUCUCCUAAACCCCAAACAACCCAUUUUGCAGCCAUGAAGAAACCCCUUCUUGCGCCUUCAACCAUUGCAUCGUCUUCGGCUUCUUCUUCAUCAUCCACAGUGAAUUCAAGCACCACCGGCACUACUCCGGCGGAGGAAGACCGAUCCGAAAGCUGCUACUACCCGGGUUGCAGAAAAGACGCCAAUUGCAACUGCGAUAUCUGCUUAGACAGCAUCAAUGCCACUCUGGAUUUGAUGCCCUUUAGCGUCCAGAAGAGCUCGCUGACCAAGUUCUCGUCUUCGAGGCCCGAUCGUCCCAAAAAUAGCGUUGAACAGACACCUAUUUCCUUUGACGCUUCGAUUCUGUCGAACCCCGUGUCGACCACUCCUCGGUUUCGAGUUUCUCCGGAUCUUAAGCCGCAUGCGAGGUUGGACUUCGGGGAGAGUGUGGUGGAGAAAGAGGAGAGGAGGAAAUGGGGUUUUGGGAGGGAUUGGUGGAAAUUGGUGUUGGGUUUAAGCUUGGUUUAUGAGGUGAUUUACGGGGUUUAUUGUAAUUUGGGUUCUGCUGUUCUGAGGCCAGCUUUGUCAGCUGAGAUUGUGAGAAGUGUUGGUGAGAAAUCAUGGGUUGUGCAAGAUUUAAAUGGGAGGUUGAAGUUCUUGCAGAAAGAGAUGCAGGGUCUUGUCCCUGGCAAGGUUUCGAAUUGCAGCUACCCUAAUUCUCUUUGGGAAAUUACUCAGGAUGGUUUGCUUCUGAGCUCGCAUUGUAAACUGUUCAAAUCUGCAAUCGAGGAGGUGAGCAUAUGGGGAUGGCCUUUGCAGACUGCAGGGUUGCUCACGACUGGGUUCUCGUCUCGGUCUUUCACCAUAUUAUCAGGCAGAGUCACGGAGUGGUCGGAUGGAAAGGUUGGAUAUGUGAUUCGAAAGGAGAACUCGUCUUGGGUACAGAGAAAUUGGGGUGCCUCGGCAGUGCAGUUAGAUCCCAAUACAUGGCUGCUUGAGUACCGGCGGAGCUCUAUUUCUGACAGCCGAAAAUUGGUUUCAGCAGUAGUCUCUUUCUUGAAGUAUAAACUUUCAAGAGCACUUGGAAAGAUUAAGCAGAAGUUUUGGCUCCCCUCUACUAUAGUCACUGCUGAAUAUAACACCAAAAUCCCAACUUGA